UAUAUGACACGCGCCAGGCCUUACAUGUAACAGAAAGGCUCAGAAAGGCUUCCUCGCUUGUGUUUCCUCGACAAUGAUUCAUGAACCAAGAACCUUCCUUCAAGUUGCGUCGCGGACCAAUGCUCUCCCUCUCUGAUAUCGCAGAGGAAUUGCGCUGCCAUAUCCUUGGUUUUCUUUCAUACGAUGAAAUUAUACGCUGUGCAUUGACCUGCCGAACGCUGUACAUGACAGUCAAAAACUCUGUUAAGCUGCAAUAUGCCAUUGAAAUGGGUGCCCAACGAUUAGUGCAGGUUCAUCCACGGUCAAACACUGUUUCCACAGCAGAGUGCUUGCGCAUACUCAGAGAGAAGGCGAACGCGUGGAGUUCCUUCAAGUUCAAUGCGACGAAAAGACUUCGUUGUGGGCAGAUAAUCAAUUCCCAUUCCAUCACCCAUCGACAACUCGGCCUUGCUUGGUACUAUACGUGCGAUGAAGAGCCAUGGAACACUUGCAUGAAAGUCGUAUCCAAAGUCGUUGAUACCGAGACCUGCACAUCUGAGACGGCGAACGGCCCUGUCGGUAGCACAUGGAUCAGAGAUGAACCAGUUCCUGAACUGAAGAAUCUGUCAACAGACACUACAUAGAUGGGACGCACGACCUUUUGGUGACCGUCGACAUAUGUCAGCCUGAGUGGGAGACACGCCCCCAGCGAUGCAACUUCAAAUACCGAGUAAAUUUCCGCACAU